UCUCCUGCUUCUAACAGCAAAUUUCUGUCCCAGUUUGGCCGUGAGGUAGCGCAGAACAUGGCCUCAGGCAAGGAGUCCAGAGACAUGGGAGAAGGAUGCCCCUCACUCCGCGGCGUGGGCAGCCUUGAUGAGGCAACUCCUGUGGCUCCUCUCAGUGACUUCCAGCCACAGGAGAUAUAUGAAGAGUGCUCCGUGGCCAAAACGAGCAAAUGGUCACUGAAGUCAUUCUCGGAUGGCUCCAGGAUUCAGACCGUCAACACUGGGAAUGAGAUCCUGGAAGACGCACAUGCCAUCAGUUCCCCGAGGAGUGUCUUCACGGUUGAGGAGGAUGGAUGGUUUCUCCAGACCGUGGACACCGAAUGGUCUUGUGAGAGUCCUGACAUCCAAGAGGCCAAGAUCCCAGAAGACAACACUAGGGAUCAGGAGCUGGACGUGGAGAGCUUUGUCAGUUCCCCGAGCGUCCAGAGGCCAAGCACCGUGUUGAGGAGGCUGCAAAACACCGCCGCUGACCAAGAGCCAUCCCUUGGAGAGAGUUCUUCCUUCCCGGGGGCCGAGACUCCACAUGCCAGCUUGGAGGAAGAGGGGUCGGAAGAGGACUAUGCCACCAGUUCCCCCAGAGUCCAGAAGCCAAAGAAGUGGCUCAUCAAGAAGAUGAUGAAGAACACCUACACGGUGGAAGACUCGUCCUCCGCGGAGUGCUCUUCGACGGACGAGGACGACACGAUGCAUGACAUCAGCAGCAUCGAGGAUGAGGUGUGGGACUCUCCGCUGACCCCCAGUUCGGCCAGGAACAUCGGCGAAGAGGAAAGAAGAGGACAGCUGGCCCCAGAUUGGUUCUCCUCGGUCCAUCUGGGAGAGGGGAGAGCAACAAAGAAGAUCGGGGACGUCGUCCGGUGUGUGGAGUAUGCCAGUGAGGUGGAGGAGAGGUUCCCCGAACUCCUGGUGGGCCUGGUCAACAAGAUCCUCACCGGCCUGCAGAACACCACCGAGGGAGUCGGGAACCGAGACAGCCAAGACCUGCCUCCUGAGGAGACCGCGCAGAUUGUCCGGACCCUGCUGGAGAGGGUGGCACAGGUGACCCAGGAGAAGACCUGCUGGCAAUCCCUGUGCUCUACGCAGAGCUGCCUCCAGGGUGUGGCCCUCUUGCAGCGGGUGGACUAG